UAGAUGUGAGGUUCACAAACAAUCUAGUUUCAUAUCAAAUUUUCUCUUUUCAAUAACAAGUUCGCUUGCCACAUUUUAAGGUCUUUGAGCACACAUAAAUGGGUAUUCUUAGAAAUCUUUCAGAAUAUAUCAUUGCUUGUUUAAAACCACCGGCGAAACGUAUUCCCAAGAAGACAGUUAAUAUCAGGGUGAAAAUGGAUUGUGAAGGUUGUGUAAGGAAAGUUAGAAAUGCGGUGGAAGACUUCGAAGGGGUGGAAUCUUUUGAUGUAAAUCAAAAGCUACAAAGAUUAACUGUGACUGGCUUUAUAGAUGCAAAGGAAGUCUUAGAAGAGGUGAAGAACACAGGAAAAACGGCUGACAUUUGGCCUUUUGUUCCCUACAAUUUAGUAACUUAUCCUUAUGCACGUGGUGCCUACGACAUGAAAGCACCAACUGGUUUUGUUAGGAAUGUCCCACAAGCUAUUGGUGAUCCUAAAUCUCCAGAGAUGAAGAUGAUGGUGCUUUUUAAUGAUGAUAACCCAAAUGCGUGUUCAGUUAUGUAAUUAAAUAUAUCAAAAGGGUUUGUGAAGCUUCUGUUUUGUUUGCCCCUUGUGUCUCAAGGAGUCCUUUGUUGCAAUCAUCAACUUGUUUAGAUCUAUAUGAUUUUGUUUUUUUUUCCACAACUAUGUAAAUACAAAAAAAUUACCCAUCACUUGUGGGAAAUUGGUAAAAAUGUUUGUUUGUGUUUCUAUGAAUAA